AGGUUGCUAUUUUUGCUGCUUUCUCUACACUGAGGAAUCUUUCUGGAAUCAAGGAGCUACAAGACAACUUCUGGUAACUAUGUAACCCCGUGCUCAGUGCAACUUUCUCAUAAGACAAAAGAAGCUGUCAAUUGAAUGUGUCUUCGUACCCUAUUUCUCUUCCUUCACGUCUCCUCCAACCACGAGUAAGAAUAGGAAAAAGAUCAAGAGACCGACGUUUUUAAAAAGGCCAAGCCACCACACGUUCCACCUUUGAGCAGCGCCGGGAGGCGGUGCCAAGUUUUACUUUUAGUUCGCGCCGAGCAGCAACCAGAGUCCGCCGCCCGGCGGGAGGAAACGAAACGAGUCAGCAAGGGAGCCCGGGAAGGCGUGGGGUGGGGCUUAAGCGGGCUUCCGCGCUUCCUAUUGGGCUGAGGGCCCGUUACUCAAAAGGCGAAGCUUCGGAGGUUGCCUGGCCCCGCCCCCAGCUCCCUUCUGUGAGAUGAAAACUUUCUGGCAGCCUCAGUGGGUGGAGGGAAAUAAAAAAAAAAAAAGUUCAAGAUGGCGGAAAAUUUAAAAGAGUGUACUGUUUGCUGCAAGUCAACCUGGUCCCAUCUCCAGGAUCUGUGUCGACUGGAGAAAGUGUGUUGCCCUAACUUGGGCAUUACUAAAAAAAACCUCAGUGAUUUUGAAGUAGAAUAUCUAUGUGAUUAUAAGAAAAUCCGGGAUGAGGAAUUCUACCUGGUGAAGUGGCGGGGCUAUCCUGAUUCAGAGAACACCUGGGAGCCCCGAAAGAAUUUGCGCUGUAUCAGCAUACUCAAACAAUUCCACAGGGACCUAGAACAGGCAUUGAUCCGGCGUGGUGGCAAGCUCAAAAAGAAUAUGCGCUUACUUGACCAAGGAAUUUCCAACUAUCUGGUUCAGAAGGCCAAACAGAGGCGAGCUUUGCAGCAUUGGGAAUAUGAGCUCAAUGCCAAGCGCAACCACAAGGGACGAAUUGUGGUAGAAAAUGAGGUGGACUUGGAUGGGCCUCCCCGGGACUUUGUCUACAUCAAUGAGUAUAAAGUUGGGGAGGGUAUCACUCUCAACCAGGUGGCUGUGGGCUGUGAAUGCUCAGACUGUCUGUCAGAAGCAGCAGGAGGUUGCUGUCCUGGUGCCUCACAUCAUAAAUUUGCCUAUAAUGAGUUGGGUCAAGUGAAGAUCAAGGCUGGCAUGCCCAUCUAUGAGUGCAAUUCUCGUUGCAGCUGUGGCAUUGAUUGCCCAAAUCGUGUAGUACAGAAGGGCAUUCGUUAUGAUCUUUGCAUUUUCCGGACAGAUAAUGGACGUGGCUGGGGUGUACGUACAUUGGAGAAGAUCCGCAAGCACAGCUUUGUCAUGGAAUAUGUUGGAGAGAUUAUCACAUCAGAGGAAGCUGAGCGACGGGGUCAGAUCUAUGACCGACAAGGUGCCACUUAUCUGUUUGACCUGGACUACGUAGAAGAUGUAUACACAGUAGAUGCUGCCUAUUACGGCAACAUUUCACAUUUUGUUAAUCACAGUUGCAAUCCCAACCUUCAGGUGUACAAUGUUUUUAUUGAAAAUUUGGAUGAACGGCUGCCGCGCAUUGCUUUCUUUGCUACUCGAUCUAUCCGAGUUGGUGAAGAGCUCACCUUUGACUAUAAUAUGCAAGUGGAUCCGGUAAAUGCAGAAAGCACAAGGAUGGACUCUAAUUUUGGCCUAGUUGGAAGCCUGGCUGGCUCACCGAAGAAGCGGAUGCGAAUUGAGUGUAAAUGUGGCACAGAGUCUUGUCGGAAAUAUCUUUUCUAGUUCCUUGCUAGUUUUUCUUGGACGAUGUCUGGUGAAGCCUGGAUUGGAAGCCCAAGCUGACUGUUGUUAAAAGAUUGCCGGCAGAGGGUAAGAGUCAGGAACUUACCUGCUUGAAAAACAAAUGAAAAAGACUAGAACUGCAAGAGGGCAGUUAUCCACAUUUCUUGUGCUAUACAGCACCGACCUGGCUGCUUCUGACUGCCUGACAGAGUAUUCUUAUGAAAACAUGGGUGGAGGGUGGUCUCUUCAGUAGGUGGACAGGUUGCUUGACUUUCAAACUUGCUGCUGAGAUGCUGGCUGGAAAAACUACAGCAUAGAACAGAACUCCCCUCAUAAGUCUGUGCAUAUCUUAUUUGAACCUCAGCGUACUAUUUUAAAGCCUUAAGUGCAAGGACAAAGAACUGGCUAAUUUUUCAAAGUUUUUUUUCCUGGAGGACAGAAAUCUUGAUUUUCUAUAAGAAGCACUUCCUAACCACCUUACUGGUAGGUGGGGAAACAAAGCCGUUUUCUUCUCCCUGUGCACAGACUUUUUAUUACCUCAGUGUGCCAUAUGACUGCUGUCCAUCUUUACAUAAUUUCUACUUGAAGUCGCACUUAAAAACCAUCAUGGAGUUAAGCUCUAUGCAACCUGAAAAGCCACAAUGUCGUCUUUUUUAACUGAUGCAUUUGUUUUUAAAGAAAAUGUUUUUAAUUUUUUUUAAUGGGUUGGGGCAAAAACUAGCUUCUGGAGAUAGCUGUAUUUUGAAAGAUGUUAUGAAGUUCUUGAAUUAUGACUGAUGAACUGAAUUAGCUGCCUGGAUUCUUUGUGUUUUAUAACUUACUCUUUUUUUUUUUUUUUUUACAUUUCUUCACUGCAGUAAUGUGAAGAGAAUGGGGUUUGGAAGCAACUUUAACAGAUAAGGGAGAUAAAUGUAAUCAGAGUUUCAGAUUCGAUUCAUUUGCUUUUGGACUUCUUCAGGAGCUUUUAUAACUACAAAAGGUAGUAUUAAUUGUAGAGCAGGAACAUUUGUGUGUGGCACAAGGAAGUGAGACUUUAAUUUCUCUUGUUAU